AUGGCCACAACGCCCACGCCCCGUUAUAGCAGCCCAGACGGCCAAGGCGAUGCGGUUACUGCGCCUGCGCCUGCGCCCUCGCCUCCCAACAGCGACGACCGAACCCCAACUGCUGAGCUCCCCGAACCUCUCCAAGGCAGCGACGACGAGACGAGCGAGAAUGUCGGACCCGCGAACCCCGGCCACAUGGCUGUGAACCUGAACCAGAGCAUCUUUGGUUUGAUUGCCGCCGCGGGCUCCCGUGUCGACUUCAACACGCGCUUCGACGACGGCAGCAGCGACGAGGACGAGGGGGGCAGCCUAAAGCCUUUACGUCCACGACACCGCGAUCUUUCACAAACCGCCAUACUCGGAUCACUACCGCCCAAGGACAAAAGGCUUGGAAAGAAGCAGCCGUCUGGACACCGGAUGCUCAAAUCCUUUGCCUCAUUACCCAAGAGGACAAGUAGAUCCGGAAAGGGCUCCAGCCGGUUAUGGGAGCCUACACAGGAAGUCGACGAGCAGAGCGAGAGUAGCGAAGCGCCAUCUCCCAAGAUCUCUCUACAGCAGCCUGAGGACGACCUCCGGAUAGCGCCCGUCAUGAGCAGGAUGCUGGAGGCCAAGGCUGAAAUGGCCAGCCGGUCUAGCUAUGAUACCGAAAGAGACUCUUCCGGUCCGGAGCAAGAGGACGAUGAGGAAGAAGAGGACGAUGAAGACAGCGAAGGGGAGCACGUCACAGAGCUGGCCAAGAAGCUGAUGGAGAUAUUCAAGUUUGACGAACCCGAGCGAGUCAUUGAAGAGUAUCCCUGCUGGCUAUUGCAGAGCGUCUUGCUCCAGGGCUUCUUAUACAUCACUUCCAAGCACAUUUGCUUCUACGCACACCUCCCGAAGAAGACGCACACCGUUACCAAGUCUGGUUUCAUGCUGAAAAGCGGCAAACGCAACCCAAAAUACAACCGCUACUGGUUCCGCCUGAAAGGCGACGUCUUGUCCUACUACCAGGAUCCCACAAACUUGUACUUCCCUCACGGCCACAUCGACCUCAGUUUCGGCAUCUCUGCUAGCAUUACCGACGAAGACAAGGAGGGCGUGCACUUCUCCGUAGUGACAAGCCACCGUACCUACAACUUCAAGGCAGAGAGUGCGCCAAGCGCAAAGGAGUGGGUAAAGAGCCUACAAAGGGUCAUCUUCCGAAGCCACAACGAUGGUGAUAGCGUCAAAAUCUCUCUGCCCAUUGACAACAUCCUUGACGUUGAGGAUACUCAGAUGAUGGAGUUCUCAGACACGUGCAAGAUUCGGGUCAUUGAUAGCGAUGAGACCUUUGCGAUCGACGAGUACUUUUUCUCAUUCUUCAACUCCGGCAAAGAGGCCAUAAGUGUCAUCAAGGUGUUGGUAGAAAACGCAUCCGCCGAGGCGCCAACUGCCGGCAAGGUUAUUGCAGCUCACGAGGAAGAGUCUUCAAAUCAGUCGUCGCCUCGCAUUUCUGGGACCGCAUUUCGGAACCUAGCUCGCGUAGACAGCGCACUCACGACGAAGCCUCCCGGCACUGCCAGAGGAGACGGUUCUCCCGCAUGGGCUGAUUCAACAAGUCCAAGUGCCGACGAAGGCGUGCUGAGCUUGAAGAGUUCUCGGGGUAGGAGUUCGAGCGACAACAGGACGUCAGAUCACGCUGGAGAAAGGAGGGACUCACGGCUGCUGGAAUCGUCAGAGUCCAACUUGUAUUCCUCCAUCGAGGAGCCAAGCUUCGCCAGCCUAACGCAGUCUGCGUUCGAAGACCCCUCUGCGAGCCAGAUCCUUCGAGGCAGCGAUGUUUUCCAGAGUCCCACGAUGAGACACUCGCAAACCUCAAGUCGCGAUUACGAGGAGUCGAGAGGCAAAGAUGCAGAGUCAAAACAAGGGCAGCACUCUUCGGCGGCGGCAAGUCAAAAUGAUGCCUCGAGCUACACCGGUGUUAUCGAACCUCCGCGAACGUCGACACCCACGCUGCAGAGCAUUACCAAGAUUGGGACUUAUCCCCUUCAGCGGGCCGGCGCCAUCGCCGAGUAUCUGAACAAGACGGGCAAAAGAAUGAGUACUCUCUUUGCCACAGAAUCUAUGGGCUAUGUCGAGAAGGUUUCGGGCAUGUGGAAGGGCGAACGCAAGCACUACGACGAACCAGCCGGUCUACGGCCCGACCAGGACGAGCUGGAAGAGAACGAUGAUGGUCAGAUACAAACCUCGAAUGAGCGGUUCCGAGCGCACUUUGCACUCCCCGACACAGAGAGGCUGCAGGCCACCUACUUUGGCUACAUCAUGCGUGUCCUGCCGCUGUAUGGCAAAAUCUACCUCAGUGGUCGAUAUUUCUGCUUCCGAAGUCUGCUCCCGGGCACUCGCACCAAGUUGAUCUUACCUUUAAAGGACAUCGAGAACGCCCACAAGGAGAAGGGCUUCCGUUUUGGAUAUUCUGGCUUGGUUGUCGUGAUCCGGGGGCAUGAAGAGCUCUUCUUUGAGUUUCGAACGGCCGAGGUCCGUGAUGACUGCGCGGUGACGCUCUUGCAAGGCCUCGAGACCAAUCGCCAUCUUCAGGAAUCCGGAAUCUUGGAGCAGCAUUAUACAGAUGAUGCAAACGCUGCCAUUGCGGAGCGAGACGCUUUGAGUUCAGCGAGAGGGGCUGCGUUUGCGGAUGGCGACCUUCACCUCGCGCAAUCGACUACCCUGCCUCAAGUCCCCAACGUCUCGGCCGGGGACGACAUGGAAGCAUCAGUGAUUCACUUCAAGGCGCCGCAUCCUAUGAGAAUCACAUGUCUAACGAUUGGCUCCAGAGGGGAUGUUCAGCCAUACAUCGCCCUGUGCAAGGGAUUGCUCGCAGAAGGCCACAAGCCACGGAUCGCGACCCAUGCUGAGUUCCAAGGAUGGAUCGAGUCCCACGGUAUCGAAUUUGCGUGUGUCGAGGGUGACCCUGGAGAGCUCAUGCGCCUCUGCAUUGAGAAUGGAACUUUUACUCUGUCAUUCCUGCGAGAAGCCAAUGCGACGUUUCGAGGCUGGCUUGACGACCUCCUCGACUCCGCGUACAAGGCGUGCGAGGGAUCCGAGCUCCUCAUCGAGUCACCGUCAGCCAUGGCAGGAAUUCACAUUGCAGAGAAGCUUGGCAUCCCCUACUUCAGAGCCUUCACCAUGCCAUGGACGAGGACGAGGGCUUAUCCCCACGCUUUUGUCACGCCGGAAAACAAGAUGGGCGGUGCCUACAAUUACAUGACCUACGUCAUGUUCGACAACAUCUUUUGGAAAGCUACUGCUCAUCAGGUCAACCGAUGGAGGAACAAGACGCUUGGUUUGCCAAACACCAGCUUGGAAAAGAUGCAGCCCAACAAGGUGCCCUUCCUGUACAACUUUAGCCCGAGUGUUGUCGCGCCUCCGCUGGACUUUUCCGACUGGGUCAGGGUCACCGGCUACUGGUUCUUGGACGAGGGCAGCGACUACGAGCCUCCCCAAGAACUUCGGGACUUUAUCAAGAAAGCGAGGGAUGAUGGCAAGAAGAUUGUGUAUGUCGGUUUUGGCUCCAUCAUUGUCAACGACCCGGUCAAGAUGACCCAGGAAGUCAUCGAUGCCAUCCUUAAGGCCGAUGUCCGAUGCAUCCUGUCCAAGGGAUGGUCUGACCGCAUCACUGGACAAAACGAACCCGCGAGGCCCGCCGCUGAAGAGCCAGUGAUGCCGCCGGAGAUUCACGUCAUCAAGUCUGCUCCCCACGACUGGUUGUUCCGACAGAUCGAUGCGGCAGCGCAUCACGGCGGAUCUGGCACCACUGGCGCCAGCCUGAGGGCCGGCAUCCCGACCAUUAUCCGGCCAUUCUUUGGAGACCAGUUCUUCUUUGCAAGCCGAGUGGAAGAUUUGGGCGUUGGUGUUUGGGUCAAAAAGUGGGGGACAAAAUCCUUUGGCCGGGCUCUUUGGGAGGUUACGCGUAACGAGCGAAUGAUUAUCAAGGCCCGGCUCUUGGGAGAGCAGAUUCGCAAGGAAACCGGCGUGGAAACUGCGAUUCAGUCGAUUUACCGAGACAUGGACUACGCAAAGAGCCUGAUCAAGCAUACAGACGGGCAUCUGGAAGCCGAAGAAGACGAGGACACGGAAGAAAGCUGGACGUUUGUCCGGGGCGACGAACCGGAUCCGGAUGUGAUUACGACCAAGUUGAGCGAGGGAUUGGAUGGCGUUGCAUUGGGUAACAAUAGCAAGGCGUCGGUCAAGGCUUGA